AUGAUUGAUCUGAAUGUUAACUCUAAGGUGAUAGCGAGAAUAUUUUACUGCGUCAACAGAUCUUGGAACAGUAAAAUAACGUUACCAGAACUCAGGAAAAGUAACUUAUUAUCGGUCAUUGCACUCCUUGAAGAAGAAGACGACAUCAAUCAGAUCCUAGACUAUUUCUCCUAUGAACAUUUCUAUGUCAUCUACUGUAAAUUCUGGGAGCUGGACGGCGAUCAUGAUUUGUACAUUGACAGAAAAGAUAUGAGUAAACAUAAUGAUCACGCUAUAUCUUCUAGGAUGAUUGAGAGAAUAUUUUCACCCGGUGCAGUUUUGAGUCCUGAUUCAGUGAGGGAAGGUCGACUGAGCUACACUGAGUUUGUAACUUUUCUCAUCUCAGAAGAAGAUAAGAAGACCUCUAUGAGUAUUGAAUACUGGUUCCGCUGUAUGGACAUGGAUGGUGAUGGCUACCUCUCCAUGUAUGAACUGGAAUAUUUCUACGAAGAACAAAUCAAUAAGAUGGAAUCUCUUGGGAUUGAGACGCUACCUUUCCAAGAUUGUCUCUGUCAGUUGUUUGAUCUCGUGAAGCCGCAACGGCUUGACCGUAUCUCUCUUCAUGACCUCAAGGAAUGCAAGCUGGCCUACAUCUUCUUUGAUACGCUCUUCAAUCUUGAGAAAUACUUGGAGCAUGAGCAGAGAGAUCCCUUCGCAUCUAAUAGGGAUCCUGAGAAUGAGGAACCAGACCCCUCUGAUUGGGAGAGAUACGCAGCCGAGGAGUAUGAACUCUUAGUCGCAGAGGAAGGAGCUCAAGAAGCUCAACAAGAUGCCAAUCUGCCAGACGAUGUAGACUAUCCAGAUGAUUUUGAGCCCGAGGAUGAGGAAGUCUUAUCCUUUGACAUCAAGAAGAAACUGGAGUUAUCCGAACCUCCUCAACGCAACAAGUGGGUCGGAGACGACCUGAAUAAUACUGAAUUCACCUCAAGUAUCGGUCUCUGACCGUCAUGCUUUGUACAGUGUAAAUAGAUUUUAUGAUGAAUGCGAUGUAUAUAUAAUAAAGCGAUGAUGUCAUCAUGGUAUUACGAAUGGUACUAGAGUCUUAUAUUGACCCCUUGCACGCAAGUCACACACGACGACUGUGCCGCACUCAUCGUUUUGGCGGUCAAUAGGUUUACAUGUCACCUAAAAUGCGCACUUCACUAAAUAACGCACAGUGACAUUGCCCACCAAUAUGGCGCAUCCAAGAUUAGUCUGACGAUGACGUCAGUUGCGUAAAUGUCAGAUUGGUGUAGUGUCAAAACUGGGCCCUGUAGUGUAUCACCAAAUUAUCAAAUACCUGCCUUAUAUGGAGACCGCUGCUGUAAAUUUAAUAAUUUAUUUGUUUUCUUUAGUUGUUGUAUUUUUGCAAGGAAUCCUCCAACGAGUUGUGUACAAAAAAUAGUGCAAUCACUUGCAAAUAGCCGGCUAUUGUCGCCUAGGACUGGAUUUGAACCCAUAACCUUUGCAUUGUCGACUUAUGUGCUGAAACCAAUCAGCCGUGGUUCAUUUGUGAUCUGGGUACACACCCUAACCCCCUUCAACAAACCCCAAAUGUUUUUACCAGUAAUCUCCGUUUUCACAUCAUUUUGGAAGGUCCUUUGUUGGUUGGAUUUUUGUUAUUCUGGAUUUGAAUGUUAUUGUAUGGUGCUCAAGUGGUUCACAAAAACUAGUUGUGUCUAUAGAAUUUAUUGGCUUAAAAUAGCUUUCAAUUCUGCUUUAUAAUGGGGUCCAGGUUCAUAGAGCUGCGAGCUUCUCGCAAUCUACAGUUCCAAAUCGGGGAAAUCCCUUGGGUUAGAUAACAAACUAUCCUAAUCUGUGUAUACCUCUACCCUGAUCGGCACCCUUCCUCCAAUCUAUGAUCCCAAAGCAGGGAAAACCCUUGUGUAAGAUAACAAACUAUCCCAAUAGGUGUCUACCUCUACCGAGAUCGCCUCUAGCUACAAGGUGAUCUCAGUGGUCUAAUCGGUGAGACACUGCUCUAGAAUUGCUAAGGAUGUGGGUUCCAAUCCCACCUGAGUAUAAUGCCUUUGUUUUUCUUACACAGAACUCUGUAAAGUACCGAGUAUACAGUGCUAACACACAUCGAUGUAUAUGGGUAAAACAAAAAUUUAUAUUCUUUAUCCUGAUGCAAAUUUAAAAUCUUAGCUCUAAGAAAGUUGGCACAGGGAUAAAUACACCCCCGACUUAAAUACUAUUCUGUUAACACUGGAACUCCUUUAGUGGCCCUCCCAAACAAGUUUUUUUUUUACACCUUCUUAGUGCGAUAGAAAAAGUCAAACAAAAAACAAUAUUUCAUUUUUUUGUUCUCGUUCAGUUGACCUCGAGCCAAAUAAUAAGGAGUGAACUUUUGUUGUGGGUCACAGCAGAUUUGUAAACAAACUUCACAAACAAAGUCAACUUUCCAAUGCACCAUUAGGCACAAGGUUGGCUGGAUCCCACAAAAUACGUACAUGUUCUGAAAAGAGCGUAUUGUUUUGGAUAAUUUUAGAGGGUAGGCUUAAGGUUCUGUAUACGUUUGGUAAUGACUCUGAAAAUAUCGGGUAAUAAAUACUUGGUACAAAAUACAGCAGCUUUGGACAGUUUAGGAACUUUUCACUUCGAAGUACUGCGGUUACCUUUAUCGAACAAAAUAAGUUUUUAUAAAAAUAAAAAAAGGGGAAACUGAAAAUCGUUUGUACUGACAGUCACAUUUUUCAGAUAGUGUAUUCCAGUUCUAAAAAUCCAAUCGCAGAUGCGUGGACAUAUUAAACCGCUUCAGAUUUUCGUCAAUUUCUCAAAAAUGCUUUUGAAAUGAAAAAUUUCAUAGGUUAAUUUUGUGGUAUUAGUAUACAACUAUUAGAAUUGAAACAAACAUUGGGUUUCAGUUACAAAACGUAUACACUUCAUUUAAAUGAUCUGAAACUAAAACAGGAGUCUGUCCGAAACACCUUAUGGUCUGUGUAUUUCAAAACAGUGCAGAGACUUCAAGUGAUUAGAUUACUCAAAGUAUAGUUUAAAAAAAUCAUUGUUUUAGUUAUUUAUUUCGUACGGAUUGAUUUGGGCCUGUUAGCGAAACAAAUUGUUGCUUAACAAAAACAGGUUAUGAGCCAGAACACCAUACAGUUACCAUUGCUGCGACUGCUACCAAAGGCAUUCCUUUUGCUUAGCCAAGAAAUAUGCUAGAAUGAAAUUGUACCCUGAUCAGCAAUAUCUAUCAGCUAAUUAUUAAUAAUAAUUUCCCCAAAAAUAUUAUCUCUAAGCAGCUGUUUUGUGUUUGUUUUUGUAUUUUGUUCUGUUUUCUGUGUGCGUUGUGGUGGUUUUUGUGUGCGUUGUGUGAUUUUUCCCCGUUUUUUUUUUAUUUUUUUUUUUAGUUUAGUUCCAAAGCAUAGUUUGGGUUUUGUAUUGAGUUUCCCUUCACGAGAAAUAUGAUUUCUUUUUAUCUUUCGUUUUAUGCAUUUAUUAACACUAAAUUAUUUAUAAUUCACGAAUCUAGAAUAAUCUAGAACUGGUUUUGUAUUCCUUAAUAUUAGUAUUGUUACAUUCAAUUCUUUAGAUUGUGCAAUCGCUAUGUUUUAUCAGUGCUUUAAAAACAAAUUAAAUCAAUUAUUUAAACAUAAAAAUGGUGCCUUUCUGCUAAAAAAAAGCGCGACCUUUGAAUGAAAGCGCUUCGAUGAAAUUACUGUACAGUACGCUGCUCUAUCGAAUUAUUAUUAUAACUUCGAUCAUAUUUUUAUGUAAAUAAUAAAUUAUUUACAAUUCAAAUGGACUUUGAGAUUGCCUGGUAAAGACUUUCAUCCAAUAAAUAAUUCUAUGAAUUGUGAUGAUUAAGUUAAUAAGUUUAUACCACGAACAAAAUGUCUCUCUGCUAAGGAAUUGACAAACAAAUGGAGUUAUAGUUUUUGUAUAGUUUUUGCUCAGUACGAAAACGAAAAAGACCUUGUCACCUGUGACAGAGCAUGGACUUCCUGCAGGCACAAUUUGUACACAGCUAAAUGCACAACAUCUUUAAAUAAUAUACUAUUGCACUCUCUGAUUUUUAUCAACUUUUGAGAUUAAAAGAAAGGGGGUACAUCUCAAAACUUGUUGAGCUGUUAUUUUGAUAGCUCUUGUAUUUAUGUGGAAAUUAUAAAUCAACGUAAGUAAAAUGUCCAUUAUGACCAGGGGUGGAUUUCACAAAGGUAGUCCUAACUUAGGACUAG